AAGGGGGAAAUCAUAUUAUUGCAUACUGUAUCUACAAGGACUACUACAAUGUACCACGACAGAAGACACGGCAUGAACAGACGUGUGCCUACGAUAAGGGACGAGGGCAGGGAGCUGGCCGCGAAAGGGCUGUCAUCGAGUCGAUCGUUGCGUUAGGCAGGGGGAGACCUGUUGGCAGGGAAAGGGCAUGGCGCUGGGCAGAGCCUGUAAGAAUGCGGCGCAUGACGAAAGUACAUCGACGGCUACCUGGUUCCGCGGUGUACAGAACGCGGCUACGACGACUGACGCACCUGGUAUCGCGAUACAUAACGCCAGUGCGCUGAAGGGUGUCGAUGUCGCGACAGCAGACCAGUACCGCGUCGCAGCAAUCCGAAUGGCGAACCUCGCGCGCGUCGUACGCGCGUUAUAGAGCGGUUUGCGGCUUGCGGCUUGGGUCUAUGCUUGAUGGCGGCCAGUGUCAGUAAGAGGGAGGAGUACGGUGCACAAUAUUGUGUGCGAUGCGAGACCUGCUGGAGGUCGUGGCCGUCGG